AGCUAGCAUAUAGCUGCAUGAUAUAAGCAGCUAAUUCGACUUGUGUCACGCGCAUGCGUAAUACUACUAGUAUCUUUGCAGCUCAGUCAUGAAUACUCAUGAUGCGUAUACCUCUGAACCAAUCAGGUAGGAUUUUACGCUCAUAGGUAAAACUGUUUGGGAAAAAAAAUCGCCGCCCGGCCUGGCCUCUUCAUACGCUACUAUUGGAAAGCCAUAAAACCACCAGUAUCCUCAGCUUGGAGUCAAAGCUGUUGAUACGGGCAAACCAGAACGUCAUACACUGAGCAGCACAAAGGGUGGCCGUUUGCAAGACUCUAAAGACUCUCUACAAAUACAGUAAACCAUUGAAUCGUUAAUCAUGUUGGCAGUUUGUCUCCUCACUUUCAUCGCGAUGUCGAUUACCGCAGUCCCGGCCACGACCCCGACCACGACCCCACAGCCUCCUAAUGGAAUUCCCAAAUGUGCAAUCUACGAGUGCCCCGUCUAUACUACAUUAGAAGAAAUUGGUUCAGAUAUGUGGAAGAGACGGAUGGAACAAAGUGCAUGGGUGCAUAAGGUCGCUCCAACCUGCGACCGAACUGAAGCAAUAGGUUUAGUCGUAGGUGACCUCGAUGCCUACCUUGAAGGACUCUGGGAUUCAGCUACUGCACUUGGAUGCUUUUGAGCUCUACGGCAUCACCUUUCUUGGGCCCAAUCACAAUGAGGUGGAGCAAUACGAAAAGCUUCGUAAAUACCUCGACGAGCAGGGCAUUCUAUACUAUG